GGUGACCUUCGUUUGAACCUGACCUGACCGUGGAACUGUGUUCUGUGGCCGGCAAGAAGUAUAGUUAGUUUUGAAGUCUACCAUUUUUUCUCUUUCUCUCUCUCUUUCUUUAUUCACCCUUGUUAAAAGAUAUUAUAAACGAACAGUCAACAAAAUGUCAAGAGAACGUGCUUCCAGAAGAUUUUAUCGUGUAGAUAGUACCAAUGAUUUGUUUGAAUUCAUGGACCGUGGUUACUCAGCCCAACAUGAAAAUCGGUGGAACUUUGAAGUUGCUUGGGAAGCUGCCAACAAAGUUGGUGGUAUUUAUACUGUAAUAAGAUCUAAAGCUUAUGUUUCAACUGAAGAAAUGGGUGAUCAAUAUUGUCUCAUUGGUCCAUAUAAAGAACAUUCAGCACGUACUGAAGUUGAAGAGGCUGAUUUUCCUCCUCAUAAUCCUUUACAUCAAGCAGUACAAGUUCUACGUGAUCAAGGAUACAAAAUUGUAACAGGAACAUGGUUGGUGGAUGGAAAUCCUCAAAUAAUUUUAUUUGAUAUUGGAAGUGCUGCCUGGAAACUAGACGAAUAUAAACAAGAAUUAUGGAACACUUGUAAUCUUGGAAUACCUCAUCUCGAUAUUGAAGCUAAUGAUGCCGUGAUACUCGGAUAUUUAGUUUGUCUAUUUAUUACCGAAUUUAGAAAAGCAGCUGAAAGAUACUCGAGCAUUCCACCGAGAAUAGUCAUACAUUGUCAUGAAUGGCAAGCAGGUGUUGGGUUAAUUGCUUUGAGAACAAGACAUGUGGAUGUGGCCACAGUAUUCACUACUCAUGCUACACUUUUGGGUAGAUACCUUUGUGCAGGGAAGACGGAUUUUUAUAACAAUUUAGAUAAGUUCAGUGUUGAUGAAGAAGCAGGGAAGCGUCAAAUAUAUCAUAGAUAUUGUAUGGAACGUGCGGCUUCACAUUUAGCGCAUGUAUUUACAACUGUUUCGGAUAUCACUGGUUUCGAAGCCGAACACUUGCUCAAACGCAAACCUGAUAUUAUCACACCAAACGGAUUAAAUGUAAAGAAAUUUGCAGCAUUGCACGAAUUUCAAAAUUUACAUGCUAUCAGUAAAGAAAAGAUACAUGAAUUUGUGCGAGGUCAUUUUUAUGGACAUUAUGAUUUUGAUUUAGACAAAACGUUAUAUUUUUUCAUCGCUGGUCGAUAUGAAUUCGGAAACAAAGGCGCUGAUAUUUUCAUAGAAGCCUUAGCUAGAUUAAAUCAUUAUUUAAAAACGUCCAGACCUGAUUUAACAGUGGUUGCUUUUCUUAUUUUUCCGGCAAAAACCAAUAACUUUAAUGUUGAAUCUCUUCGUGGUCAUGCUGUAACUAAAUCUUUACGCGAUACUAUCAACGAUAUACAGCAAAAAAUAGGGAAACGGAUGUAUGAAUUAUGCCUCUCUGGUCGUAUGCCUGAAGCUCAAGACUUAUUACAAAAAGAGGAUACUAUUAAAAUAAAACGAUGUCUAUAUGCUCUUCAAAGAAAUGGAUUACCACCUAUUACAACACAUAACGUUGUUGACGAUUGGAAUGAUCCAGUGUUAAAUGCUGUUAGAAGGUGUAAUCUUUUCAAUACUGUCCAUGAUCGCGUUAAGAUGGUAUUUCAUCCAGAGUUUCUGUCUUCAACAAAUCCGCUAUUUGGUCUCGAUUAUGAAGAAUUUGUCAGAGGAUGCCAUUUGGGCGUUUUCCCCUCAUAUUAUGAACCAUGGGGAUAUACACCGGCUGAAUGCACGGUUAUGGGUAUUCCUAGCAUUACUACUAAUUUAUCAGGAUUUGGAUGCUUUAUGCAGGAACAUAUAGCAGAUCCAAUGAGUUAUGGUAUUUACAUUGUUGAUAGACGUUAUAUCGGUUUGGAAGCGAGCGUUCAACAGCUUGCUCAGUAUAUGUUUGACUUUGCGCGACUUAGUCGUCGUCAACGUAUUAUUCAGAGAAAUCGUACAGAACGUCUUAGUGAUCUCCUCGAUUGGCGAAAUCUUGGCAUUUAUUAUCGUCAAGCGAGAAUAAAGGCGUUGACCACUGUAUAUCCAGAAUUGGCGUCAGAAUACGCAGAGGGUGGAAUUGGUCGAUUCAAUUAUCCCAGACCAAUUAGCGAACCACCAUCUCCAUUAUCUUCACGGCACACGACACCGGCUGCUUCUGUACAUGGUUCAGAUGAUGAGGAUGAGGUUGAUGAUGAAAAAGAGCUAGAAGAAUUGCGGCAAUCAAAUGGAGGAUAAAUACGAAAACAGCAAUACAAAAGCGAUAAGAAUCAGAAGUAAUAAUGUACGAUAGGAUCUAAGUUAAUGUAUG